CUUUACGGAGAAGGAAAAUUAGCAAUAGUGAUGAAGAGGAGGAACAGCAGGUUCAAAAAAGCAAUGAAGUUCAAAAACGGACCUCAGCCUUGGGGACUGCUACUUCAACUAAAUUAAGCUUUUUUGAUGAAAUAAACGAAGAAGUACGUGCUUUUAAAGCAUUGUCUUCUGUUUAAAAUUUUUUAAUAAGCUUUUUUGACUUAUAGGCUGAUAUAUCAGAAUAUAAAUCGCUGAAAUUUAUUUCAAAGGAUAGUUAUAGUCCAAUGACUCAAAGUAGCAAUACUCAGGAAAAAAAUAUUAAUACAGGAACGAAUGUGGAACAAGGAUUAUCUUUUAAUGAACAAAUUUCUAAAAUGAAAACAAAUGUAAAAUCAGAGAUUAGGACAAACGAUCAAUCAGGAAGAGGGAUAUUUGCUCUGCAAAAUAUACCUUCCGGUACUCUUGUCAUGGAAGAUAUGUCUUACGCGUCAGUAGUAGAUGAUGCAAACCUUUCUAUAAUUUGUAGCAAUUGUUUUAUGAAAGGAGGAAAAUUAUUAUGUUGUGCAAAUUGUAAAAUUGUUUAUUAUUGUUCCAAGGAAUGUCAACGUAAUGAUUGGGCAAUCCAUCAACAUGAAUGUAAAAUUUUUGUCAAAGUACAGAGAAAGCCACCAACUUCAAUUCGUUUAAUAUGCCGGAUCCUAAUACGUCGAAUGAGUGAUCCGGCAUCAUUCAAAGAAAUCGAAAAUUUACAAAGCAAUCGAAAUUUAUUCAAACAAGAGAAAAUCGAACCUUUUGUUCAAAUGUCAAUGGUGGUUCGUGAAUGCGUACCAAAAGAAGCCAUAUUGAAUUCAUCAGAUAUGAUUGAAUUAUUUUGUCGUUUUACAGAAAAUAGUUUCUCUAUUAUGGAUGGAGAAAUGAUACCAAAUGGAGCAGCGAUUUAUUCCAACACAUCACUGAUCAAUCAUUCUUGUCAGCCUAAUUGUGUUGUUGUUUUUGAAAAAUCAAAAAUGAUGAUUCGAUGUAUUGAGCCUAUUAUGAAAGAUCAAGAGAUUACAAUCAAUUAUAUCGAUGUAAGUCAACCAGGUGAAGAGCGACGAAAAGAAUUACAAGAUCGUUAUUAUUUUAUAUGCAAAUGCGAAUUAUGCGAAUAUUAUAAGUCGAAAAGUCAUGUUGAUCCAAGGAGCGCUUUAAGAUGUCAAAACCCAACUUGUUCGAAUGCAAUUGAACCUCCAGAAUCAUUAGAAUUAGGAGUUGAAGAAUAUACAUCAACAUGUUCAGUUUGUUCAAAGGAGAUACAUUAUGAUGUAGCGGAUGUAGAGAAAAGGUUAUCAGUGGCCUUAGAAUUUUUUGAUAAAGGAACAGAAUUACGCGAUCAAGAUGAUCGACAAGCAGUAACAUUCUUUGAACAAACAUUUAAAAUUCAACAAGAACUUUUAUAUGAAGCAAAUUAUAAUAUGAUAAGAACUCGUAAAACAUUAGUUGAAAUAUAUUGUAAUUUAAAGGAUUGGAAGAAAGCAUUAGAUCAUUCAUUAAAAUUAAUAGAAUCUUAUAGAAUUUUAUAUAGUAAAUCACAUCCACUUUUAAGUUUACAAAUAUAUUCUACUGCAAGGAUUUAUUUAUCAUUUGAUUAUAAUGAUAUUAAAGUUAAAGAUCUAGAAAAAAUCGAUGAAUUAUUAAGGGAAGCUUUAAAAGGGUUAGAAAUUACUCAUGGAUAUCAACAUCCUAUUACCAAAAUGGUCGAAAUGAAUUUAUGGGAUGUUGAAGGUGAAUUAGGGCUAAAAAAAGGAGAAUAGAAAUGAAAUAUACCGAGUAAACUAUGAGUUAAUCACGUGCAUGAUAUAAAAUCAUGUCCGAUAAUAGAUAGCUUUAUUUAUUUAUACUACUUAUUUUAUACAACUAGAAAAAGUUGUUAUAACCUCUUUCAUUACAAAUUAAGGAAAUAUCGGCUUAGAUUUAAAAUCAUAUGAUUAUUAUAUUUUUUUUAGUUUAUUAUUGUCUGGGAUUUAAAAUAAAUCAUCUAAACCAGUAUCGAAUCAGAAAACAAAC